GGACUUCCCUAUGACAUCUCAAAACAUAAAAACCUAACAGUGCUCGUCAUACGCCCACCAACGGACCUUCAUCAUCCAUGAGCGCUACCACAAGAAGACCCCCAGCAUCCAACAACACCGAAUCCGUGUUUGAUCCGCGUGAGAAUUAUUUAUCCAAAGGCCAUUAUGCCGAAAGUUCCACCGAAUCCAAACAUCGAUUCUAUCACCACCAGUCACAUUGGGACGACUUUGACGAUCAAUCACCUUCGAUGCACAGCUCUUCUCAAAUUCCCAGCCAGGCCGUUGCGCUGGUCGAGGACGGCCGUGGAUGUAUUGUGGACAUAUCUAACAGCAAAACUCCAUUAGAGAAGCUGGCUGUACCCGAUGAUACUACACACUUGCUCUUAGCCAAAACAUUUGCCCCAUUUCUAGUUGGCGCCCUAUUAUCAUCUAAGCUAUCUUCCAUUGCUGGAAAUUUGGUUGUCCUUGACAUCAGCGACGCGGGCCUGACUUCACUCCCCUCUGCCAUUGCUUACUGUGAGGCGUUAGAGGAGUUGAACGUCAGCGGGAACGUGAUGGCCAACGGAGAAUUGCCCAUCUUUUUAUCAAAUCUCAUCGCUUUGAAAGUUUUGGCCGCAGAUCGGUGUGGGCUGUAUCAGAUUGCGUACCCCUAUAACGGCCUUACUCAACUCCGUGAUUUAUCAGUUCGCUACAACCAUCUCAGGAGUCUCCCUUCAUGGCUUUGUUUGCUUCCUAGGCUUGAGAUUCUGUUAGUCGAUGGCAAUGAAUUCGAACCCCCCUGGCAAGACCUCGUCGAGCCCUUGCUAUGUACCAGUAUAUACGGUCGUCCCGAGCCCCAACAACAUCCUUCCAUAGGCUCGUGCGAUCCUACGGAUUCACGUUACUUUGCCUCAUCUUACCCCUCGCCGGUUGCAUCCUCAGUCGGCUCGACCCUUCGCUCACACCCUGAAUUAUCGCAAAAUACUCGUACACCUCCUGAUGAGCACCGACGCAACGCAAGUGCCGAGCGUCCACAGCGCGGUCGACGUCACCUUGCUGGUUCCGAAAGCACAUGGGUCACUUCGGCUUCCUCACUGGCAUCCGAUCAUCUCGUUGAGAAUGGGGAUCGUCCCCAUAGUGCGUGUAGUGCUGAAGGCUCAAACCACCUCAACUCGCCUCGCAGUAGCUAUCUUCGCAGGCUUCGUAGCACCAACGACAUGUCGGCCGGCUCUGUCUCUCGCCCUCUUUCUGCCCACGAGACUACCGGUCAUUCGAUUGCUUCGUUGAUGGAACCCAACAUGUCCCACGUCUCUCGAGAUGAUGUCGCUGAUGACUUCAGGCCACCCUCAUCUUUCACGGGUCAUCCUCGAAGACCCUCUUCAUCUUCUGUCACGCAACAGGGUAAUCUAGCGUCUCCGCUAGAGUACACAGACGGUCCCAACUCGCGUCCAGAUCCAAAGAUCCCGCCUGGCAGUGAGAUCGCUCAGUCAGUUUCACCCAAUAAUGCACAGCAAGGCCGAGAAUAUCAGAAGAAAUCCUUUGGUUUCCUCAAGAAAAUGAGCCUGGGUAAACUACGGCGUGAUCCUGCCCGGCCUCGCACUGGGUCGACGGCGUCAAGCAGUCUUUACAAUAGAGCGUCUGGCAACCCGAGUUCGGAAGCUAACUUCUUGGAUCAUGGCAAAUUGGUGUCGCCCGACGGUCUUACACCUCAAGAAAGUGAUGAGCAUCCACAAGGUGAUCGUUCCUCGAAAUCUUCAGCCGAUGAAACUCAGGGCAGCAUGAAACUUGGUGAUUCUCAUCACACUGCUCAGAAAGCCAAGAAGAGAUUGAACAACCGUCGCAGUUUUUUGAAGCUUGAAGAUCAUUUUGCUCUCCCAACGCCGCCCCCACUUCCGCUGCCUGGAGUGAUAGCAGAACAAGACGAGCUCAGCAAAUCUCAAAGUCCCAAGGUGGAACAUUCUCCCACCGUGGGUAAGUCCGCCGAAGACUCAACCUCCGCAGUUACUUUGGCCUCUUCUCAUUCGCCGCCAUCAGCAGGCAAUCGCUGGACCGCAUUGCGCUCGAUCAUGAUGUACUUGAGGGAUGUCCAUGAUCUUUCGGGCGAUUUCGCACGGGUGCAUGGUGGUAUGAUGGCCGGUGGAGCAAGGCCGAUGCUAUCCGCUGGCGUCAGCCGAGCCACGAGCACCAAACACUCUCAGCAGCUCCCUUCGAAUAUGUUCACAGAUGGAAGAUCUACGCCCUCAGCGCUCUACCCCAACAAUGUUGCGGAUUUUGAUCCUGAAAGCUUGGAAAAUGGCCUCUCUAAUGGGAACUCAACUCCAAACUCAAGUGCUCAGCCAACUUUCGAACCUGUGAAAGUAACGGAGAAUGCGCUCAGAAGAUUUAAAGUGAUUGAAGAGAUUGUUGCGACCGAGAAAUCUUACAUCAAAGGCCUGAAAGAACUUCAUGAUAUUUAUAUCACUAGUGCAUCAUUGAUGGUAUCUAGUAGCAUUGGCAAAGAGAAGGAGCCCAUGGUCCCACCCGCUGAACGGAAGGUUGUCUUUAACAAUGUGGAAGCUAUCAUUGGAUUUCAUGUCGAUGUUUUACUCCCUGACUUCCAAGAGGUGAUGGAUCGUCUACGGCAAAAGCAGGCAGGUAUCGCCAUGGCCGACUCAAAAGAACCCGCAAACGGUAACGAGGAGCUGAUGAAGAGAAGGCACGAGCUAGAAAGUCAGUUGACAAACUUUGCCGCCGAAGAGUUGGCCCGAGUUUUCAUACGUCACGCAGCAUUCUUGAAGCUAUAUUCUACCUACAUCACCCAGUUCGACACCGCCCUCGAACGUCUGCGUGAAUGGUCCGUCACCGCUCCAGCUCCUUCGACCAACGUUCCUGCAUGGACACCCAGCAGUUUGGCUCCUUCAAACAGCUCUGCUGCCACUCACCACAGCACGCUGAGUGGUGGACAAAAGAAACGGCUGAAAACGUAUAUGAAGCGCUGUCGUGCCCAUGGUUCUCAUACCCAGAUGAACCUCGAAUCGUAUCUCCUCAUGCCGGUCCAACGUCUCCCACGUUACAAGUUGCUGCUGGAAAAUCUGGUUUCUUGUACCCCUGAUCUGAGCUGUGUGUCAGCCCGAGAACUCGAGUCGAGGAAUCAAAGCGGCGCACUAACAGACAAGAAACUACAACCCCUAACGCCCAACAAGGUCGCAGUGGAAGCCUUGAAUAUCGUGAGUGCAGUGACGGCUGAGAUGAACGAACGGAAACGAGAUUCAGAGGGCAGACAAAGAUUACUUUAUUGGCAGCAAAGAUUUGGCAACAAGUUCCGGUCACCCCUUGUGCAACCUCAUCGAACUUUGAUCAAGGAGGGCACAAUGUCUCUGAUGAGGACGGUCAAAUUGACCACCAAAGAUUCGGUCACCAGUGGUGGCGGACCGUCUCAUCCCUCAGCGCGCAUUCGAGUCCCUGUGCUCAAUACUGAUAGUCAACCUGUAGCUAUGAUCGUCCUAUUGUGUACCGAUCUUUUGGUGUUGGUGAAAGACCCAGGAGACGGAGGAAGAGCAUCGAGUCAGUCCGCCGCCUCGUUAUUCCAAGCCCUGCGACUAGCGCAACAUUCCCGUCCCCAGAUGAGUUUACCGGCGACGAUCUUUGGUGCCGACCAGACAAUGAUCAGGUUCGUCGAUAGUCGCGCUAUCUUUUACUUUCAAUGCGAUUGUCAACGCUCGGCGGCCGCCUGGAUGGUCGCUAUCAACCAACAAGUCCCUCUGCUCUGAAACAUCCCUUUCUCUCCCCGCACGCCUCUUUGAUCACCCCCGCUUUUCUUUUUUUUCGUGGGUCACGGCCAAGGAACUCUCGCAGUCGCGCCAUUCCAAACUCGUAUAUUGUGAAUUCUUCGGUCCCCCACUCGACUUUCGCUUCUACUUUCUGCUUCUAUUCAUUCACAAUUCUUCUGUGGCUUUUUUUCUUCCUCCUUCUUUUUUGUUUUAAUGUGCGCGGAAUUAUUUUGUUGGUUUCUCAUUUUUCUCUUUCUUCUCGAACUUGCUUCAUCACGUCAUAGAACUUUUCUCUCUCUCUCAUUCUCUCUCUUUAUAUUCUAUCUUUUAUUCAUCCUCGUUUUUUUUUGUGUGUCAUCAACUUGUUUUGUUGUUGUUGUUGAUUUCUUUCUUCUCUUGGUUAUUAAGUAUACUCUCUCUCUCGAGCUCCUUUCUCCGUAUCUUUCCUCUCUCUCUCUCUCUCUCUCUUUUGCUUCAUGUUCCACCAUCAUUCUAUAUAUGUAUAUAUAUACAAAUAUAUAUAUACUUUCUUUUGGUUCAUGUUUGCAUGUACACAAAUACAUCAAGUCACAUCCAAGUGCAAGACCAUCUUGUUUAUUCCAAAAAUCCCAUUGCUGUUGACAAUCCCC